CGCAGCGCCACCUAUACAGCCAUAUGUGUUUGUAUACAUCGAACAACUAAGAGAAUAUUACGGCGGUUUAUUUCACUCGUGAAAGUAGAUAGUUGGGUUUGAUUCAUGGAUUCAGACGAACCAGGUAGUGGAGGCAGUACACCACUCCAGGAUGAGCCGGACUAUGAGGCUGAAAAUGGAGAGGGUGAAGAAGAUGGUGCACCCCGUACUCCGGGUGGCGAGUCAGACCGUGGGCCCCAGAGUGUUGAGGCAGGAGAAGAGGGUGAUGGAUCGGACAACGAACAACCAGUGACACAGGCUGAUGAUGGGGACUACUUCAGCGAUGGUGGGGAGGUAGAACGAGAGGAGGUCCAGCGGGAUGUUGAUGAUGACGAUGAUGUUGAGCGAGAGGAAGUUGAACGGGAGGUGGAAGAUGACCAAGAGUACCAGCCUGGCAGUGACAACGAGGAUGCCAGACCCGGAUCAGGUAGUCCACCAGGUUCUCCAGCCAGUGGUUCUAUUGCUAGUCCUCCAGCGUCUCCUAUGAGUAUUGCUAGUGGACCGAGGUCUCCUCCAGGAAGUGGGCCUCAGUCACCAGUCGGUAGUCCUCCAGGAUCUCCUGGCAGCCCAAUGAGCAUGGAUGGGUCUGGUAGUCGACCUGGGUCGCCCAUUGGAAGUGGCCCUCAGUCACCUGCUGGCAGUGGGCCCAGGUCACCUCCAAGUGGUCCAGCUUCACCAGCUGGUAGUGGUAGCCCUCGGUCACCUGGCAGUGGCCCUGCAUCACCUGCAGGAAGUGGUCCACAGUCACCAGCUGGUAGUGGUAGCCCUCGUUCACCUGGCAGUGGCCCUCAGUCACCUGCGGGAAGUGGUCCUCAGUCACCUUCUGGCAGUGGACCUGCAUCCCCAGCAGGAAGUGGUCCACUGUCACCAGCAGGAAGUGGUCCACUGUCACCAGCAGGAAGUGGUCCACUGUCACCAGCAGGAAGUGGCCCACAGUCACCUGGGAGUGGCCCUGCUUCACCUACAGAAAAUAGGCCGGGGUCGCCCACAGGAAGUGGGCCAGGGUUCCCUGCAGGACUACAGCCCCCUGCAUCACCAAUGUUCAGUGCACCCAACUCUCCGAUGGGAUCACCAAUGGCUCCUGGUCUUGAGUCAUUCCUGCAAGAAGAAGCACUGCCCAGAUCACCUGUGUCCGAUCGGAGUCGCUCCCCUUCUCCUGGAAGAAGCCGGGCACCGGGAGGGUCACCGUCUUACAGUCCAAUGGGCAGUCCAAGGAGCACCUCUCAGUCUCCGCCAGGUAGUCCUAGAGGCUCUCCACCCAGUCCCGGCCCAGGCUCCGACAAGGAGAAUGAUGGGGCCAGCGACCAGGGAAGUGGUGAUGAAAGACGGCCAAAGGCUCGGAGAAUCAUUUCAGAUGAUGAAAGUGACCGAGAACCAGAGCCAGAAGAAAGGAAGAAAGCUAAAGCGAGUGAUGAUGAAGACAGUGAUAAAGAGUCAGUGGCAGAUGGUCUCAUUGCUGAUAUUUUUGGCUCAAGCGAUGAAGAUGAAGAAUUUGAGGGCUUUGGUGAAGCUGAUGUAGAAGCCCAUGCCAAGAAGAAAGAGAAAAAGAAAGCAGCCGUGAAAUCUGACGAUGAGGAUGGUGGUGCCAGUGAAGCUGCUGGUCAGACAGGUGCCCUGCCUGAACUAUCUGAUGACGAGAAUGAAGAUAAUUUACAGAAGGACAACUUUGUGUCGGACUUUGACUUGAUGAUUGAGAGGAAGAAGGAAGAACGACAGAGACAGCGGAGGAAGAGGAAAGACUGUGACAUGAUCAAUGAUAAUGAUGAUCUCAUCGCUGACAUGAUCGGCAAGAUGAAGUUAGCAGCUGAGGAGGAUCGGGAGUUGAACAAGAAGAGACAGCCUGCCACAAAAAAACUGAAACUCCUGCCCUGGGUCAUCUCACAACUCAAAAAAGCUGAUCUUCACAUAAUAUUUCUAGACUCUGGGAUCCUUAGUGCAAUUACAGAAUGGCUGGCACCUCUUCCAGAUAAAAGUCUGCCACAUCUGACCAUCAGGGACUGUUUACUGAAAAUAUUAUGGGAUUUUCCGGCCAUCAGCUCGGACAGUCUGAAGAUGAGUGGAAUCGGGAAAGCUGUUAUGUAUCUGUACAAACAUCCCAAGGAGAUACGCCCAAAUAAGGAGAAAGCAGGGAAACUAAUCAAUGAGUGGUCUCGGCCUAUUUUCAACUUAACAUCAAAUUACAAGACUUUGUCCCGAGAUGAGAGGGAACAAAGAGAUUAUGAACAGCUGCCAAAGAGGAGGAAACUCAGCAUGGAGGGGAGUCAGACACCAAGGAGAGAUAUCGACAAUGCAAUGGAAGGAGAAAAGAAAGCGUUGCGUCCAGGUGACCCAGGCUGGGUGUACCGAGCCCGAGUCCCGACUCCUUCCAACAGAGACUAUGUUGUUCGACCAAAGACAGAGAUAGAGUACUCUGCAAAGAAGAGUACAGGAAAGAAAGAUCCCAGUCGGUAUGAUAAACAUGCACGAGCAUUUGCAGACAAAAAGAAGCACAAUAAGGCCCAGAGAGCAAUCACCAUCAGUAUCGAGGGCCGGAAUAUGGCUCUCUGAGUCCUCGGAUGCAUGCUGGGAAUGCUCCUUGUCAACCAGUCUCCAUCAACGUAAUGGUUCAGGAACAUGGCCCCGACACUUCUGAUGCAUGCUGGGAAUACUCCUUGUCAACCAAUCUCCAUCAACGUAAUUGUUCAGGAACAUGGCCCCGACACUUCUGAUGCAUGCUGGGAAUACUCCUUGUCAACCAAUCUCCAUCAACGUAAUUGUUCAGGAACAUGGCCCCGACACUUCUGAUGCAUGCUGGGAAUACUCGUUGUCAACCAAUCUCCAUCAACGUAAUUGUUCAGGAACAUGGCCCCGACACUUCUGAUGCAUGCUGGGAAUACUCCUUGUCAACCAGUGGUCAUCGAUGUAAUGGUUCAGGAACAUGGCCCCGGAACUUCUGAUGCAUGCCGGGAAUGCUGUUUUCAUCAGCGUAAUGGUUCAGGAACAUGGACCUGAUUCUUCUGAUGCAUGCUGGGAAUAUCCAAUGUCAGCCAAUCUGAGUUAAGGACACUCAGCCAGAUCUGCAGGCUGUUCACCGAAACAGAGAUGCGAUGAAAAUGAUGUUUCUGAGGAUUAUUUUUGAUCUGUAAAGAAACACCAUUAAAUGCAACUAGUGUAUGAAUGCUCUAAGCUAUUCCGGCAGUUACGGAAAAGUGUUUGUUUAAAAAAAUUCACUGUUUAUGAUAGUGAUAUAUACAUGAAAAAUGUGAGUAGGUCACAGAAAAUGUUUUAGUUUGAGAAAGGGAAUGAAUUAUCUGAGAGAAAGUGUAACACUAUUUGGCAUCAAACUACUGCUACUUUCCAAGGAGAAGGGGUUUACCAUGUAACAUUACUUAUUUGUGUGACUAGAGUCUAUUUGGCAGUGUAAUACAUUACAAUGAAUUAUGUUACAAGUUGUACUUGGAAUUUCCAAGUGAAACAUUAAUUUUACAUUUGAAGACUUAUUUACAACCACAACAUGGUUGAUGCUAAUUUAUGUCUCUGUUCUGUACAUUUUGAUAAUUUUAUGCAUGAGAGUGCUGACAAAAACUACACAAGAAAUCAGCCCCAAGAAUGAUUCUAGGGGACAAUUUCUUGGAUUGUUAUUAUGUUUCUCUGCAACGUCAUUAAAAUCAGAUCUUCGUUGUCUCUACUGCAAACAACAAUCUGAGGACAUCCCAUAACAGGUCAUGUCAGGGCGAAAUGUCGUCUAACCAAUCAGUAGGUCACUUCCUAAACAGGCAACGAAGGUUAUCAUUGGGUAUUCUGAAUGGCAGUCAUGGGUUGUGUGACAAUCUGAAUGCAAGAUAUUGUCUGUCUUUCACAGGGAUAAAUCUUUGAUGAAAUAGACUUUUAACAGCCCAUGGAAAGUACAUCUCCGCCAUAUGUAUGGCUUUACAGAUUUUUGGGUGUGUAUUUUUUCAGUUUUCACAUUUUAUCAAUGAUCUUAUCAAAACGUUUUAAAGUGUAAUCUGGAAUUACCAUUUUGAAACUUGCUGUUCAGCUCGUUGAAGAUUUUUCUGAUUUGCUAAUGUUCAGGUUCCUGUUAGUCAUUUACCUGGUUGUCGGAGUUCGUGAAAGGAUGUGACUCAAUUGUAAUGGGAUGUUCUCUUUGGUAUAACUGUACUGAGCACACAAAUAUGAUUUUAAUGAGACUGAUUUUCUGAAAAUAAUGGUCAUUUUCUCAAACUGAGAUGGAACUUUAGAUUGUAAUCCGACAAUGACAUGGACUAUGCGGUAGUUCGCGAAGAAGCUUUAUAUUUAAAUUUCUUUACUGGAUCUCUGAUUCCAAGAUAUCUGGUAUGGCAACAAACUGUGUGUAUCUGACUGUUGAGAAUGCGAACAGUUAACAUAUAUAUGGAAAUGAACCUAUGUUCUGGUUGUCAGGACAAAAGGCAUUUUUACAACACCUAGGUAUGGGAUAACAAGUGUUUCAGGGCCCCCCAGUUUGCUGAAUGUCUCUCAGCCGUGUCAGGAUCUGCUAAUUGGGGGAAAUAUAUCCCAGAGUUACCAUGGUAAUGAUGAUUGGUCAGUUGAUGCUAUAUCAAAGGCUCAAUGUCUAUGUCAUUUUGUCUUUCCUCAUGAAACUGACACAAUGUCACAUGACUGAAGUACUGUUCCAAUCUGUGUUCAACCAAACCCUAUUUUGAAGUAUAGGUGUUUAGUACAGGAGACAUGUCUUCAAGGGCAUAGAUCUUGAGAACCUCAUUAAAAUAAAUAUAUCUUAUGGAUCAUUUAUAAGAUUGCUAAACAUUCAUCUACCGAUAUAGAUGUACUGGAGAAGAAUGUUGGAUGUAAAAAUAAUUCUUAUUUGCACAACUUUUGAUCCCUAAAGAAGCAAGUUUGACAAUGACAAUAUGGUGUUUUACUAAUUUAACUAUUUCCAAUUAUGAUUACUUCUGAAAACUACAUACUUCAUGAAUCAGAGAUCAUUGAUUAGAACCUGCCACCUGGCACAGUUUGUGAAGUCCAGCACCGUAUAGCUUCCUCAUGCCCAAGUAGUCGACAUGAAAACAGUAUUCAUUCUGUUCCAUUUAUUCAUUUCAUUUCAUUCGCUUGUUUAGCGUCCAGUUCUUUUUUACAUGCAGAUAUUCAUUCCACAUGAUAGUCUAAUGUUUGUAUUGCUGAAACUCCAUGAAAGAUAGACUGGUUCAGUAUUAUCCCAUGGGGAUCAUUUCCUGCCUCCUUGUUGUGAGGGGCGGUGGGGUAGCCUAAUGGUUAAAGCGUUGGCUCAUCACGCCGAAGGCCCGGGUUCGAAUCCCCACAUGGGUACAAUGUGUGAAGCCCAUUUCUGGUGUCCCCCGCCGUGAUGUUGCUGGAAUAUUGCUAAAAGCGGCGUAAAACCAAACUCAGUCAGUCAGUCCUUGUUGUGACGUUAAACUGGAAGUAAUCCAUAAUGAGUGAGUAUAGUAAUACGCUGCUUUUAGCAACAUUCCAGCUAUAUCAUGACAGGGAACUCCAGAAAUAGGCUUCACACAUUGUACCAAGAUGGGGAAUCAAACCCGGGCCUUCAGUGUGACUAGUGAACACUUCAGCCACUAGGCUACCCCACCGCCCAGAAGUUACCAUAAUGGGAAAUACUCAACAUGUGAACAAAGACCAAACUGUAAAUGGGCUUCAGACAUUGUACGUAUGUUGAAAUUGAAACCGAAACCUGGUCUUCAGUGUGAUGAGCGAACGCAUUAACCACUUUGCUUCCUGGGACCCUAUCUACAAAACGUUCAUUUGUAAGCCGAUGAUAACGUAUAGAUUUAUGAUAACACUUUGUGGUUUGGGAUUCUGGUACUGAACAAGCAACAUGAUGUUCAAACAAUUAUAAUGGGAAUUAGUCAGUGUGUGAACAAAAUACCAUAAAAUUUAAAAUUGAUGUCUGUGCGCCAUGCAUUGAAGUCUGAGGAGAGAUUUGAAGUGAAGAUGUGGAAGUGGUAGCCUGGUCAUAUGGUGUCAUGUAUUAUUCUGAAUCAUUCAUCAAUUCAUUGUGUACAUAUGUCGUACAUACACCUGUAAAUAGAUUUACGACUGAAAAAUGAAGAAUAUAAAAUUUUGAAAUCAUU